AUGGAUGUGAAAAAUUACAAUGGUUGGCGAUUCUGUCCAAGAUGCAAGAAUCUACUCAAACCAUAUCAUGAUGGAGAUGUUACUGAAAUUUUACAAUUUAAAUGUAGAAAUCAAGAUUGUGGAGACAAUGGAAUCAUUGAAGUCAAAAUUGAUAAAACAUUAAAUAAAAAUGCACUCUUGCUUAAAAAAGAUUAUCAAGCAGCAAAAGCAAUAGAUAUCACUGAUAAUACACUUAUUCUUGAUCCAUCAAUGCCAAGAAAAAGAGUUAUUUGCAACAAGUAUACAUUCUUAUAUUUAUUAAGAUGCAAUUAUGACGAAGCAAUCUAUUUUCUUAAAACAGAUAAGAAUGAGAAAGAAAUUAUUAUUCAAUACAUUUGUGCCAAUAAAACUCCUAUAUGUGGAAAUAAGUGGACGUAAAUCUAUUUGAUAAUUAUAUAUUAGUUAAAAAGAAAUGAAUGAACCUAAAUUAACUUUAUAAUGA